AUGAUGAGCGCCGCCAUAUGCACUCUUCUGGCCGUUAUCGCUACCACUAGCUUAGGCCUAUUGUUUCUCUCCAUCAUCCGGCGUGGCAAGCUUCCUCCAGGGCCUCCACCUAAGCCCAUUGUGGGCAACCUCCACCAAUUCCCGAAAGUCAAUCGCGCGCAGGUCUUUGAUCAAUGGCAUCGGACGUACGGCCCGAUUGUGGGAUUGCGACUGGGGCUGAAGAAGCUCAUUCUCGUCGGAAGCUAUCAGGUAGCCCGCGAGUUGCUUGACCGGCGAGGAGCUAUCUACAGCUCACGCCCGCGGGUGGUGAUGGCUGGCGAGAUCGCGAAUCGCGGCAAUCACACGGCGCUGAUGCCCUACGGCCCCAAGUGGAAGCUCCACAAUCGUGUACACAGCGCCCUGAUGAAUCCAACCAUGGUCAAGCGGUAUCAGUACCUCCAGGACAUUGAGAGCCGGCAGCUUGUCCACGACCUGCUCCAGGGCUCGACCUCGGACUUUGGCGCCCGCAUACACCGCUACUCCAGCAGCCUGCUCUUCGCCUUGGCCUACGGCCGGCGGCUGCCCACCAGCGAUGCCUUCGAGAUCCAAGAGAACGCGCACAUCGCCCAUCAGUUCAUCAACAACCUCGCGGCGGGUCGCUGGCUGGUCGAUGCCUUCCCCGUGCUCAACUAUCUCCCCACCUGGCUCGCCCCCUGGAAGAAGAUUGGCGAACAGCUGUACCAGCGCAAGUUCGGCCUCCUGCAGCGCCACACCGCGCUCGCCUUGGAGAAGCCUGUCUGGAACUGGACAAAGCACUUCCAUGGGCCCAAGAAGCCGGCUGAAGCGAGCUGGGAGGAGCUGCUGAACAUCAUCGGGGUACUCUACGAGGCGGGCGCGGAUACCACCACCUCGGCCCUGGAGGCUUUUGUCAUGGCUGCCGUGCUACACCCGGACGCUGUCCGCCGCGUGCAGGCGGAGAUCGACGCUCUCGUUGGCGGCGCGGCGCGCAUGCCCUCCUUCGAGGACGUGCAGCAGCUCCCUUUCGUGGACGCCUUCGUCAAUGAGACGAUGCGGUGGCGGCCCAUUGCGCCCGAGGGGGUGCCCCACAGCCUCAUGAAGGAGGACGAAUACGAGGGGUUCACCAUCCCCAAGAACUCCAUCGUGAUCGCGAACCAGUGGCACAUGGCCAUGGAUCCCGCCACCUUCACUGACCCGCAGGCCUUCCGGCCGGAGCGCUGGCUCGAGGAUCCCAAGUUGCCCAUCAGUGCUUUUGGCUUCGGGCGCCGCGCGUGUCCCGGCCGCCACAUCGCCCUGAACUCCAUGAAGAUCGUGAUGUGUCGCCUGCUGUGGGCGUAUGACUUUGACCAUGCCUACGAGAAUGGGCGGAAGGUCACCAUCGACCCUGACAAUUUCGUUCGCGAGGGAGUCCUCUCCAAACCAGCCCCGUUCAAAGCCGCCCUGCGCGUUAGAAGCCCCGCGCAUGAGAAGACCAUUCAAUCGGCUCUCCGGGAGAGCGAGCAGGACGAGGAUAAAAUCUUGGCGCAUAUUGCUGCGGGCCUUGCUUAG